AUGGCAAACAGAAGAGGCUGGAAUACAGCAAAUGAUGUACUUAAUGACAUAGCUCGGGUGCAAGGUGUAUUAUACGAUGGUUUUAAUGAAGACUUUAUCAUCAGUGGUGAGAGACCACCGCCAUCUAGGAGCGACUACGAAGAAGACGAAGAGAUCAAAUUAAGAUUUGGCGUAUAUGAAAAUGGAGAUCAGGAUGAUAAUAACAAUUGCGAAGGACCAGAUUUGGCGGGAAUUACGCAGUGCAUCCGGAUGGCACAAGCCAGUGAAAGUCAAGAGCACGACAACAGAUGUCAGAAGAAUUUUUCAGAUAAAGCACCUCAAACGCAAAUUGUCAUUAGUAAACUAAAUCCAGAGGUUCAGGAAUUCGUCCCUAAAAACAUUCAAUCUAUGAAUAAUGUUCCACGAAGCCAUUCCCGCGGUAGCAAUAUGCUUGAAGAGUUUAACAGCGGAAGCAAUUCUCCGGGACCACUGAAAGAAGUUCCAAAACCAUCUGAAAGCAAUGCUACAUACCCGAAAUCCAUUAAACAAAACCUCGAUCAGAAGUCAUCUGAGGCUUCUCAUGAAACUGACAGAAAUGGUGCAGGUGAUUGCGGAUCGGUAAUUUAUAAAGAAACUAAAGGUAAACAAUUUGUAAUGCAAGAUAAAACAAAAGCCCUUGAUUCAGACCUACAAAUGUACAGUAAAAACGAUGAUAAAAAGAAAAUGAUAGCUAUAUUAAAAGAACAAAUAAGCAAAAUACCGAAAGAUAGUUCUUUCGACAAACGUAAAGACAGGAACGUCGCUAUCGCUGCUCUCAUCAAAGUUAAUACCAUUCCCUUGCUGUCUAAUUUGACAUCAAGUUUGCCUUCUCCAAAACCUUUGCUGCUAACACCUGACUAUUUUAAAGGCCCUAGUACUUCAGAAAACUUAGAUGCACAAGAUCAAGAAAAACUUGUACCUUGCCCUCGUAUAUCGUCUCCAAAGCUACUUGAAGAAGACAAUACGAAAGAUAUAGAAAACUUAGAAAACAACGUAUUAGAGGAAAACAUCACCCCAAAAACAGAAAUAACUCCGAUUAGGACACCAAUAGACCCCUACAUGCAAGAAUCUAUCAAUAAAGUAAAUAACUGGUUUAAUGGUGCUCCAAGAUCAAAACCAGCUGAACAACACCAAGGUGCCAUUUCAGACACUUCGAAGCGAAAACCUGGUGAACCAUACCUUGGUACGUUCAUGUUUAAAAAGAAGAGUGUUCCAGACCGAAACAGUCCUCUUUCAGAUAUUUCAAUAUCAAAAUCACCUGUUACUACUACGCCAGCGUAUGUUCCUUCAAAAUACGCUCAAGACCUUGUUAAGAAGUACGAAAGUAACCAACUUAAAAAAGAACCCAAUGACAUUUGGACGAAGUUACAACGAGACCUGAAAAUUAAGGAUGAAGAAUAUAGACUUCGUAUUAGGGAAAAAGAAGCCCUGAAUGUCGACAACAAUGCUACAUCAAGUACACUUUAACGAUAUUCUGUUAUUUAAGUACAAUUUUGACGCGAACGGUGCUCGGCAGAAAGGACGAACCUAUGCGAGGGAAUAAAAAGGUAAUCUUGUUUAGUUGUAUGUAAAUAUCACAUAACUUCGUGACCGCUGAAAGAUUACGUUAAUCAGCUGAAAUUUUGGUAGAGAGGGGGGUCAUCAUAUUCAAAACCUUCCACAAUGAUCGUAAAAAUUACAACGAUCGAUACGAUUUUAGUCAUUAGUUUUAAACAAUGCUAACGAUUUUGAUCGUUCUUGGAAUUGGAACAAUUUUUUUUUAUCUAAACGCCCAUAUUUGUUUUUUGAAACAAACCAAUAUUUCAGGCUCUAUGUCUCAUUGUCACGACUGGCUGACGUGGUAAAAUCAUCAACCAGUUACGCCUAAUAUUAGUGCAAACCUCUAUUCUGAACUAUUUCUAAUGCUAACGAUAUUGUCAAAUUAAUUUUAUUGAUUAGUAUGACUGAAUAGAACACGAAGCACGGAAUUUCCUAACUGGAAUUUUGAAUCAAAUAUUACUGAAAAGCUCUUGGCAAAAUAACAUACUAUAGAUUCUCACUACUCUUUUUUCCUCGUGUUUAAUACUUUACAAA